CACUGCGGACUGCCACCCACGACUGUGCCCCUCACCGCGCCCAGGCACACUAAUUAUAGUUGAAUCUCCCAGAUAUUUAAUACAUUAUGGUUAUUACUAAAUGAACAUACACAAGUUAUAUUUCUACUAUCGACCAAACAAGUUAAUGACGUAAUAUUUUGGUACUAAUGGCAUAUCUCACGUAAAGGGACAGAGAUAAGUGGUGCAGAGGAAGUAUUCCUCUGAAGAAGUAAUGCAGUUUUAUUUGUCACCAAAGGAAAUGUUACUGAGGUUAUAUUCCUGGCUCUGAAACCGUGUGGUUUCCCUUAAGUCCUCACAACCACCAGUUCUGUUGGUGUAAGGGAGACAAGCUAGAUGGGCAGCCCAAGCAUAGCCGCUUUUAUCACCUUAUUUAUAGUCGUAAAUGGUCUCAAGGGAGAAUUCUGUCCAAGGGGAGAAGAGGAAGAUACAAGGUACCUUCUGUAUGAUGUCAAUUCUGGAGAGGGAUUUAACCUGCGCCGGGAUGUUUAUGUCCGAGUUGCAAACUUAGUCCGCAAGCUGAGUCAAGACCACAACUGGGUGCUGGUCCUUCCUCCCUGGGGGAGAUUCUAUCACUGGUUCAACACACCUCCAGGAACAUAUUUUCCUUGGAAGAGUUUCUUUGAUGUUGGGAGUCUUCAGAAAUGGAUCAGAGUAAUUGAAUUUGAAGAUUUUUUGAAAGCACAUGGACCAAACGUGAAUUCAGCUUAUGUCCUGCAACACUAUGAGGAGGGAUGGACAGAUGGCAAGUGGGAAGAAAAAUAUGAUGAGAGGCCAUGUAUUGGUAGACCUGCUUUUCAAUAUAAAGAUCAAGAGAGAGUAUGGGUAGGGCAUCUCUGGGGCUCACAGCUGACAUCACAGACUUUCUCCUGUGUGUCAGUCCAGGGCCAUGCCUCAACUAUCAUUCCACUUCUUAUGAAAGAUGCUAGUAGUAGGUCAAUCUACAUAGGAAGAGCAGAAACCAUAAUACACGAUGAAUAUGGUGGGAAAUGGUACUGGAAGGCACGGAGGAGCAUGCGCUUUGCCACCCACCUGCAGGAUGAGGCAGCCAAGUUCAGGGCAAAUCACCUAGCCUCCAAUGAUGUCCAGGACAGUACACAGGUGGCAUCAGAUUGGAGAGACACAAAGCCACAGCGGAAAAGAGACAGAGGUGGUCCAUAUGUUGCUGUUCAUCUUAGAAGAAAUGAUUUUGUUCAGGCAAGAGGGAAGGAGGUGCCAAGCUUGAAGAAGGCAGCUCAACAGAUCAAGCAUAUAAUUAAAAAACAAAACUUAACAUCUGCUUUCAUUGCAACUGAUGCCCCACGUGAAGAAUUUUUGCAGCUAGCAAAUUUGCUUCCAUCUGUCUCCCUCCAUCGGUUUGUACCUGAUGAAGACUUCCUGCAGCAGUGGGGGGAUGGAGGGGCAGCCAUUGUGGACCAGAUCAUAUGCUCCCAUGCCAGGUACUUUGUUGGGUCUUAUGAAUCCACAUUCUCCUUUCGAAUACAAGAGGAACGAGAGAUUCUUGGAUUUACUGAAGAGACCACCUUCAACAGGUUGUGUGGAGCAAGUUCCAAGUGUGAGCAGCCAGCCAAAUGGAGGAUAACAUAUUAGACCUUUAUUACAUUGCUCUAGAUAUGAUAGAUAUUCUCAUGAAAUGCCUGUAGGGAGCAAAACUAUGUGCACCCAACUGAUGUCAUAUUGUCCAAGUAAGGAAAUGGCUGAAAGCUGUAAAUAAAAAACGAGAGGCCAAUUAUCAACAUUCAUAAGCAGCAUUUUGGAAGACAGGUUUCAUAUUUAUUUUUGGUUAGUUUUUGUCAUCUGAUGGCAACUUGGCAACUUGUCUUCUCAGCCCCCUGCUGCCAAUUUCUUUCUUCAGGGUCCUGUCCCAUAUCUUUUUAAUCCAUUCACUGGCAUUCUUAUCUUGUCCCUCAAAUGACAUGCUUCACCCAGUCAUUUUCCUUCUCUUUUUCCAUGUAUUCAAAUCUUUGAUUUGUUUUUCCCAGUUCCUCACAUGCUGAACCACCAGUUACAGCAAUACUGCAUGCCCAUCUCAACAUACUCCUGUCACCAAACUCCAGCCACUUUGUAUUAUCUCUAUUAGUUUAGGUUUUACUAACACAAAGCAUUGGAUUUCUUACAUAGCAUUUGCAGUCUACCUUUAAUAUGCUGGGAAAUCACAUUUACCAUUAGAAGUUAAUAUCUUAAAUUUCCUCCACCCCAUUUCUUAAUCUUGCUCUAGAGGAGUUAAAUGGUAAUAAAUGAACUUGGAAACAGUAAAUACAAUAAUGACAUUCUUUAUAAGAUGGUAUUAUUGUCAGUGUUCUAAGAUGUUACAGUAACAAGAUUGUAGCCUAUAACCGUUAAAACAUACUUCUGUGUCACAAAUCCAUGUUGAUUGUCAUGUUUUUUUCCCUCUGCCAUCCCUUGAGCCUUCAAGAUUGAUGCAAGAGAAAAUUCUCUCAAUUUCCUGUUCUUUGGAAUUUAUUAAUCAUGAUGCUUAAUCAUACUUUGGAAUUCAUUGAACAUGACAUUUAAGUUCAUCUAUCUUACUCACAUAUAUUUGAACUAGAACUUGCAAAACCUUGAUAGUUAAGGAAAGUAAGACAAAAUAACAUAGCCACAAGUAGCCUCAGAAUGUAAGAAAAAGCAAUGUGGCUUUCAGACACCACCAUAGGCAGCAGUCUCCAGAAGCCGAUAUAACCAAGGGAGCCUUUUUACUACUGUAGAUAUUUUUGUUCCUUGGUGUGUAUCUGCUGAUAUUUAAUGUCAUUGAAUAUCUAUGAAAUACUUAUUGAUGUCUUUUUAUCUGAGUAUUAGAGCAUAACCUCCUGUGACCUUGCUGCACAAGACUCUUUUUUCCCUCAUCCCUAUUUUGUCCAUCUCUCUAAUGCAAGAGUUAACCAGUAUUCACAAUCAUUCAUCCCUUUCUCUGGUAAACUCUGGAAGUCCCUGCCUCCUUCUGUAUUUCCUCUUUCCUAUGACUUGAACUCUUUCAAGAAGGAGGUUUUAAGACAUCCUUUAAUUUUUGAUGGCCACUUUUGACUUGGUUUGGAGACCGGGACCUGUUUUUUUUCUUUUCUUUUUUUUUUACUUAUUUUUUCUUUAGCUGGUGCCCCUCCUACAUAAAAAUAACUAAAUAAAUAACCAUUUUUAAGGAAAUAUUGCUUAAGUAAGAUCAUAUUGCUUUAUAAUAUUGCUUUUUCCUUGUUUUCAAGGAUUUUUCUGUUUCAGUAUGUGUGUGUGUUCUAGUAGUGCAUGGUAUGCAUCCAUACAACAUUUCAAAUUCUUCAGAUAAGUUUUGAAAAUUCUUUAUAUUUCAUGAAAAUAAAUUCUUGUUAUUUUUCAAAAUGAGUGUAUGAAAAUGUUUUUACAUAUUUUAUAUAUAGACACAAGACAAAUAUGUUUCCCUUGUUUCCAGUAGGUCGGACAUAACAACAUUGUUAUGCAAGGAGAGAUAAAUGUUGAAAUAAAAACUGAAGGGAAACAUUUUUAAUAUUUAUAGAAAUAUUUUCUGACC